AAGCGCUGCAGUGACAAUCGGCCCGGUCCGAGGCAAUAACACCACCACGAUGCAGGUUCGUGACAAAUUUUUCUUCAGCGCAUCAGUCAUCUCUUGUUGGAGGAAUGAUCAUCCCAGUUCGUUGCUUUUCAUGCGGUAAAGUCAUCGGAGACAAAUGGAAUGCGUACUUGGAGUAUCUCGCAAAGGAUAUGAGUGAAGGAGAUGCGCUGGAUGCACUACAGCUGAAGCGAUACUGUUGUCGUAGAAUGGUGCUUACACAUGUAGAUUUGAUUGAAAAGCUCCUUCACUAUAAUCCCAUGGAGCGCACGAAGGAUAAAGCUCAGUUCUGAAGGAUUUUCAAUGAUUGUACUUCCUGUCAACUUUUCGAGAGAUUGUUGUAUAUAACGGUUCUUGCGGCUUUUCUUUCACGUCAUAUGCGCCUGCUUUCCCGCUCUUCGAACAUAUUCUUAACGAUAUUCAAUCGUGACAUUUACAGGCCCGAUGGAUUUGAGCAUCGGUAGAGCCUGAAGGUAAAUACAACGUUCGUGCAAUCUCGUGAUUGGGGUGAUGGUUUCCAGC